AUGAAUAAAUUGCAUGGCACAAUCUCUGCCACAUUUGCAGUGGGAAACUCGUUGAGAAAUCUGAACCUUAAUGGAAACCAACUUGAAGGGCUUCUGCCACCAUCUUUACAAAAUUGUAAAAAGCUGGAAGUUUUAGACCUUGGAAAUAACAAGAUAAAUGACACUUUUCCCUAUUGGUUGGAAUCUCUUCCGGUGCUACAAGUUCUUAUCUUGAGGUCUAAUAGAUUCCAUGGUUUCAUAGCCAGUUCCAAAACUGAACUCUCAUUUCAAAAGUUGCGGAUCAUAGAUCUCUCUAACAAUGAAUUUAGUGGUGAUUUGCCAGCAAAAUAUUUUGAGAAUUUUUUGGCCAUGAUAGAUGCACCUCCAGAAAAAUUGAAGUACAUGGGAGAAUCAUAUUAUCAAGAUUCUGUGGUUAUAGUAAUAAAAGGCUUUGAUAUCAAAGUGGCAAGAAUUCUAAACAUUUUCACAACCAUUGAUAUGUCUAAUAAUAAUUUCAAAGGAGAGAUUCCGAAGUUGAUUGGGAAGCUUAAAGCACUCAAAGGUCUCAACCUCUCUCAUAACAAAUUGAGUGGUUCUAUUCCACCAUCGUUCGGAAAUUUAAUUAAUCUUGAAUGGUUAGACCUCUCAUCAAAUGAGCUAGCUGUUGAGAUUCCUCAGCAAUUGACAGAAAUCACAUCUCUUGCAGUGCUGAACCUGUCAGAUAAUAGAUUGGUUGGACCAAUACCUCAUGGCAAGCAAUUCAAUACAUUCGAUAACACUUCUUACAGUGACAACUUGAAAUUAUGUGGAUUUCCAUUGUCCAAAACAUGCAAUAAUACUAGUGAUGAAGCAGAGCAAUCUUCAUCCAAGCCGUUCCAACAAUUUGGUGAUCUGGAGCAAAGAAAUGGAUUUAAUUGGAAGCAUAUGGUACUGAUGGGGUAUGGAUGUGGAUUGGUGUUAGGAAUAUCUGUGGGAUAUAUUGUGCUCUUUAACAAACAACCUGAUUGCUUUACGAAAAUUGUGAUCAAGUACUGGAGGAGAAUGAUGGGCUAG